GCUCCUAGGAGCAGCCCUAGGGACACUGUGGCUUCUGGUGCCCUGUCCCUGCAUGGCCAAGCAGGGAGUGCCACACCAGCACAGUGGCUCUGAUGUCCCUGAAAGCUCCUGGACCUCAGAGAAGAAGAAAAGCAAAGCCUCAGGAUGCUGCAGAGAAGGAGCAGCUUGUUCUGGGAGAAGCAUUUUGGACUCUGCCAAAGGACGCCAAGAGGGCUGACACGGCUGCUCCUCUUAAUCUGAUAGCUGAGCCAUCCCUGCAGCUGCUUUUUAAAGGGCCUGGCAGCUACACCGUAGGCACCAUGUCGGAGCGCUUCGACUGCCACUACUGCCGGGAUCCCCUGCAGGGCAAGAAGUACGUGCAGAAGGAGGGGCGGCACUGCUGCGUCAAGUGCUUCGACAAGUUCUGUGCCAACACCUGCAUCGAGUGCAAGAAACCCAUCGGGGCCGACUCCAAGGAGCUGCAUUUCAAGAACCGCUACUGGCACGACAGCUGCUUCCGCUGCUUCAAGUGCUACACGUCCCUGGUCAAUGAACCCUUCAUGCUAAGGGAGAACAACAAGGUCUGGUGCAGCAACUGCACUGCUGCUGAGGAUGCACCAAGGUGUAAGGGCUGCUUCAAGCCCAUUAUUGCAGGAGACCAAAACGUUGAGUACAAGAAGAUGGUCUGGCACAAGGAUUGCUUCACCUGCAGCCAGUGCAAGCAAGUGAUUGGAUCUGGGAGCUUCUUCCCCAAGGGUGAUGACUUCUACUGUGUCUCCUGCCAUGAGCACAAGUUUGCCAAGACCUGUGCUAAGUGCAAGAAUCCCAUCACUUCUGGAGGCCUCACUUACCAGGAGCAGCCUUGGCAUUCCGAGUGUUUCAUUUGCUCCAACUGCAAGAAGCAACUGGGAGGGAAGCGCUUCACAGCUGUGGAGGAUCAGUUUUACUGCGUUGAGUGCUACAAGGAGUGUGUUGCCAAGAAGUGUGCUGGAUGCAAGAAUCCUAUUACAGCAGGAUUUGGAAGAGGAACCAGUGUGGUUAACUAUGAAGAUGAGUCCUGGCACGAUUACUGUUUCAAAUGCACAAAGUGUGCCCGUGGGCUGGCCAACAAGCGCUUUGUUUGCCAUAAUGGAAAAAUUUAUUGUGCUGAGUGCCCCAAACGACUGUAAAUGAGCAGAUGUAAGAUGGAUUUUAAAGCCCUGCUUUCCCAAACAGCCCUGGUAAAAGAGCAGGUUUUUGCAUGUUGAGAGUUUUAACUUUUUCCAUUUUAGUGUAAGAACUAAAUUAGCCUCAAUAUACUGGGUUUGACUUUUGAAGCUCUUGCAGUACAAAAGCAUGUAGCCUUGCAAAAAUCUAACCUUGUUUCCAAGUAGCUCCUAGUAUAAAGGCCUGAAAUGCUGUUAGAUUUAGAGAUCCACACACUGCAUCAUCUGUGUGUGGCUUAAACUAAAACAAAUCUAGUUUUAAACUUAUCUGGUAUAUGAUUAAGCUUGGCACUUAACUGAAGUGGGUUUGACAAGGCAUGCACCUCCAACAAAGAGACGCAAAUAUUGCAUGUGGGAUCAGAGGGAUCCAUUAUUAUGCUUCUACAAAUACAGAUGAUACACAACAAACACUGCACCAUUAAUAAGUAAUAAAUACCUUAGCUUACUCUACAACACCACAUUGCAGCAUAUGUAAGGAAUGGCUUCAUCUUACAUACGAUAACAAUGUUUUGGCAGUGACAUUUAGCUUAGUUAAGUUUCCAUAAACUUGUUUUAGUCUUGAUUUCCGUGUGGUUUGCCUGCAAGUUUUCCUCAUCAGCUUUUUUUAUAUCAUUGUUUAAACAAGGCUGUCUAUGUAUAAUUAUUAAUCCAUUAACAAGUAGUAAAUCUUUCACCGACAACAUGCACAUGCAUUUACAAGUGCCUUAAAAAUAGCUCAUACAAGGCUAGCUCUCCUAUCAUGUCAGUGUAUGUUUAGUGACUGAAUAAAAGUGAGACUAGUGCCUGCUUGGAAGCCAUA